CUAAGGACGCUGACUAUAUGCGCAUGCGCAUUCCUGUGUCGUGGAUGUUUGCGUCCCUUCUGCUGACAAGAAAUCUUUGUCUUACAACGCAUCCUUUUCUCUUUGAUAGACUAUAUGUGUUAAUGGGAGCUAUUACUCAUCAAGAUAUGUGGCUGAGUCUAUGAUGAAGCUAACACGUAAGCAUGUUCUCACGGAGGCAAAGGCCUCCGACUUGGAGAGCGUGAGGAAACUGAACUGCUGGGGAUGCAAGCUGACUGAUGUUUCUAUUCUAUCUCAAAUGCCAAACAUUGAAGUGCUGACACUAAGGUUGGUUACGGCAACUUUCCCGACAAAGCACAACUUCAUUCUCAAUUACAAAUCACGUGGAUUUAUAACUUCAAAUGCAACAUGGGUGUUCCUGUCCAGUGCCAACAGCAUCUCAUCCCUUGCGCCUCUGGCUGGAUGCUUGUCUCUGUGUGAGCUCUACGUGAGAAGGAACAUGAUCGCCUCACUCUCAGAGCUUUGUUACUUGCGUCCGAUGACACGGCUCCGAGUAUUGUGGUUAGCUGACAACCCUUGUUGUGGGGAGAACUCCAGUCAGUAUCGGCUGACAGUCCUGCGCUGCCUCCCUCGGCUGCAGAAGCUGGACAACCAAGUAGUGACGGAGGAUGAGACUGCAUUAGCUCACUUGGAGGGCAAGGAGAUCACUGCACCACCAAACGCAGCUCAGCAACAGCUUUCUACCAACGGACUUACUGAUACAGCGAAAGAGAACGCCUCUCGCAGCCGGGAAGUGGAGGAAAUCAAAGAGGAGUUGAGGAUGAAGCCCAAGUCCAGAGACCAAUUCCCCUGUCUUCAUUCUCAAUCAACCAGAUCAUCCAUGAAAAAGACACACACGCUUGAUGCAGUGCUGCUUCUCCUGAGGGACUUGGAUCACGAGGAGCUCCGCAUUGUGCACGUGGAGGCACAGAACCGACUCAGGACUUUCACACUGGACUCAUUAGAAACGUUACGAAAUCCACAAGCAUCGAAAUCCGCCGACAUCCAACAGUGAAAUUAUUUUUGCAUGCCAUUGAGUCCUAAGUCUCACAAUUAACUGUUCAUGACUUGAAACAGGGUCACAACACCUGCCCCCGCCCCUCCCUUUUGCACUAUUGCAUGCAUUUACAACAUUCACAUAUGCUCACUUCAUGCUCUACUAAACAAAUGAGUUUGUUGUAUCAUGAAUGCCUGCCUUACAAGAAGAAAAUAAUAUAUGUUUUAUGAAAGGUUAACCUAUUUCUGUAAUUAAAGAGAUGACCUGCAA